GAGGAAGUGGCGGAGCGCCGGGCGCCCCCACCCGCGGGAGCGGCGCCGCGUGGGUGAUUCACGCCCUGGGCGGGGGCGGGGGCGGGGCCCGGAGCGGACGGACGCGCAGCUGCAGCCCCGCGGGCGGAGGGACAGGGCGGGGCCGGGGCGCCGACCCUUCUCCCGGGACUGGACGGAGGGACCCGGGAAGCAGCGCGGACCUGGAGCGACCGGCCGACCUGCCCGGGAAGGAGCCAGGCGCGUGCGCUCCGGGUGGAGGGACCCGUUACCCGCGCGCCCCCAGAGCCGCGCCCCAAGCCCAGGGCUCCGCCACGCGGAGGCGCCCGGGCUCUGCGCCGCCCCCUCCUGGACGUGUUCGCCCAGAAACAUGGGCGGCGGCGGCGCUGACCGCGUGGACGCUGCCCGCUCGCGGGGGACAGACCCAGACGCGAUGGAGAAGGUGCCUCCCGGGCUGCCCCGCCCGCCGAGCCCGCCGAGCCCCGGCCCCUAGAACGACCGUGGUCCUCGGCUGUGCCUCCCGCAUGCAUGUCCGCGCGGGGGCGCGGGGUCCAGGGGGGACCGGCCCGCAUGGCGCUCGGGGGCGCUGCGUGUGGCCGGGGCCCCCAGCGGGAAGGGCGCGGGCCGUGCGCACGCUGGCCGGCCUCGGGGUGCUCGGCCUCCUCGCCUGCGCCCACCUGUCCUGGACCCGCGGCCGCCAGGAGGCCCCGGAGGCUGCAUGGGGACCGGAGCCCGGCGCCCCGGCCGGCGCCCCGCCGCACCUCAUCUUCGUCCUGGCGGACGACCAGGGCUUCCGCGACGUGGGCUACCACGGCUCCGAGAUCCGCACGCCCACGCUGGACCGGCUGGCGGCCGAGGGGGUGAAGCUGGAGAACUACUACGUGCAGCCCAUCUGUACGCCCUCCCGCAGCCAGCUCCUCACCGGCAGGUAUCAGAUCCACACGGGCCUGCAGCACUCGGUCAUCAGGCCCGCGCAGCCCAACUGCCUGCCGCUGGGCCACGCCACGCUGCCGCAGAAGCUGAGGGAGGCGGGCUACGCCACGCACAUGGUGGGCAAGUGGCACCUGGGCUUCUACCGGCGCGAGUGCAUGCCCACCCACAGGGGCUUCGACACCUUCUUCGGGUCCCUCCUGGGCAGCGGGGACUACUACACUCACUACAAGUGCGACGGCCCCGGGGCGUGCGGCUACGACCUGUACGAGAACGACCACGCCGCCUGGGACCACGACGACGGCGUGUACUCCACGCACAUGUACACGCGCAGGGUGCAGCAGAUCCUGGCGGCCCACGACCCCGGGAAGCCUCUGUUUCUCUACGUUGCCUACCAGGCCGUCCACUCGCCGCUGCAGGCGCCCGGCAGGUACUUCAGGCACUACCGGUCCAUCGCCAACACACACCGGCGCCGGUACGCGGCCAUGCUCUCCUGCCUGGACGAGGCUGUGGGCAACGUGACCCUGGCCCUGCGGGCGCACGGCCUCUACAACAACAGCAUCCUCAUCUACUCCUCCGACAACGGCGGCCAGCCCUCCGCCGGGGGCAGCAAUUGGCCCCUCAGGGGCAGCAAGGGCACCUACUGGGAAGGGGGCAUCCGGGCCGUGGGGUUCGUGCACAGCCCUCUCCUGAGGCAGCGGGGCACGGUGUGCAGGGAGCUGGUGCACAUCACCGACUGGUACCCCACGCUGGUGGCGCUGGCCGAGGGGCACAUUGAGGAGGACGCUCACCUGGACGGCUACGACGUCUGGGAGGCCAUCAGCGAGGGCCUGCGCUCGCCCCGUGUGGACAUCUUGCACAACAUCGACCCCAUCUACACCAAGGCCAAGCAUGGCUCCUGGGCGGCGGGCUACGGCAUCUGGAACACGGCCGUCCAGUCGGCCAUCCGCGUGCAGCACUGGAAGCUGCUCACGGGGAACCCCGGGUACAGCGACUGGGUGCCCCCUCAGGCCUUCAGCAACCUGGGCCCCAACCGCUGGCACAGUGAGCGGGUCACCUUGGCGACGGGCCAGAGCGUGUGGCUUUUCAACAUCACGGCCGACCCCUACGAGAGGGUGGACCUCUCGGGCAGGUACCCCGGCGUCGUGAGGCAGCUGCUCCGCCGACUGUCACAGUUUAACAGGACAGCGGUGCCCGUCAGGUAUCCCCCCAGGGACCCCAGGAGCAACCCUCAGCUCAACGGGGGCGUCUGGGGGCCCUGGUACAUAGAGGAAAGCAAGAAGAAGAAGAAGCCACGCAAAAAUAAGGCUGAGGGGAAGCAGAAGAGAAGGAAGACGAAGAAGAGGCCGCAGGAGGCAGGCUCGGGUCCCCAGAGCCGACCAGGUGCCCCUUGGGGGUGACAGUCUUCAGUCUAUCACCUGUUUGCUAUUCAGAAAGCAAAAGUGGUUUCACUCUUCCCAUCACAGGCCACAGGGGCCACCUGGACACCCCCUGGGGCCCUUCUGCUGGGUGCUCGAGGUGCUGCUCCUGGAGACACCCUUAGGGAACACGGGGAUGUCCACCUCCCCGGCUCCUUAAAAGGCAGUCAUGGCCUUAUGAGCUCCCCCGCUGUGCUUUAGCCGGUGGCCAACAGUGGGCUUUCCGUUCUAACGGGAUGCUGACCUGCCGCAGCGCCUGCUCCCCCGACGGAGGGACCAGGCACCUGGUUAAAACUGCCUUUGAGAAGGACAGCCAAAGGCUGGUCCACCUCCCAGGAUUUGAGAAAUAGAUUUGUUGCUGUUGUUAAUCCUCACCCCAGGAUAUUUUUCCAUUGAUUUUUAGAGAAGGUGGACGGGACGGGGAGAAACGGGGAGAGACAGAGAGAGGAACAUCAAUGUGAGAGAGAGAU